CUGACUAAAACUUACCGAAUACUCCGGGUUUGUUUUGAUUAUUGAUAGUCGCCGAAACUUCAUUGUAACUUUAUGACCAUGUAAGGAUUGAAUCAGAAUGACUCUACCACGAGUAGUACGAGAAUGGCUGACUGAGUUCAAGUCCCUGCCAGAUAAUGAAAUCCACACGUACGCCAGCACAGUACGACAAAACGAGGAACUGACCACUAAUCUCUACUGUGUGUUAGAAAGCCUCCCUCAAGCUCAGGUUCUGGACCCGAUCUGUCACCAGCUGUUUGAGUUCUACAGAUCUAAGGAAUCGGACCUAAGGACCUUCAGUAAGGAGUUCAUACCUGUCAUUAUCUGGGUCUACCUGUCUGCUCUCAGCACUUCAGGAAAAAAGACUGUAAGAGGACUUGAAGCAUUCCUGCUAGGUGUCUACAAUCUGGAAACAACGUUACCAGAUGGAAAACCGAAAGUAAAGACAUUCCGCAUUCCAGCAUAUUCACAGCCAUCUUUGUAUCAUGAGCCAACCAGCAUCAGCAGUAUCUCCCUCACAGAGAGUGCCCUGUCACGACUGGACCGCCGCGAGGCCGAGACGUGGUGCAGUGGUCCCUUACCUCAGUACGAGGCCAUUAAUGGACAAAACAGACAGGCUAUAUUGUCCAACGUUCUCCAGACGUACACGAUGGAGAUCGCGGAGUUGACAACUCAGUCUCAUCUUUGGUUCUGUAAAUCAUCCUCCAGGAUAGCUACCACUGGAUUCCUCAAUCUGUCGGACCUUUACACUGAUGAGGAGGUUGCUACAUUUUCCCUGUCUGACUCCCCCCAGCAGAGCAGGAGACAGAGUCAGUAUGGGGACCUACCCCCCAGACUGGCUGUCAGUCCCUCCCUCAUGAUUGAAAUGCUCUCAGGCUUAUACUAUGUCACGUUUAAUAGCCAGCCCUCCUUAGGACUUAAAGCUAUUUAUGAUCUUCAUCAUAGAGCCAGCUAUGAGCUGUAUGCUGAUGUUUUACUGGUAACAAAUGCAAUGACUAACAGUCUACAGUCUGUGGUGUCCAGUUCCAGUGACAGUGUGCGAGGAAUGAUGGCCGUCACCCCGUCUACAUCAGCUCACUCCAUCUCCAAAUCAGCCAUCACCAACGCUUCAUUUAGGGCCAAAAAAUUGCCAGAUGAUAUCAGCAUAGUUCCGGAUGAAGACACUGCCAAAUUGGCAACCAUUGACGAAGACACCCAAGAAGUUGUCUCCCCUAAGGCAGCACCUAAAGCCUCUAAGUUCAACAUAGCCAAAGCAAUUCUCAAGGGGGAUAAAUCCAAACCAAAGGAGCCGAAGAAAGAAGCAGGGGAUCACAAAACCAGUUUGUCAAACGGAGAUGCACCAGAUGUAGCUGUUGUUAAAAACAACUCCAGAAUUGUUGUUGAUAACUUUGAGAUGCAGCCCUUCAACCGAAAAACUUCCGAUCUUGAAAACAGUGAAGAUAAAACUGUGUCCUCUCCUCUGAUACCCAAGCCCCAUUCUACAAGCAGCAUAGGGAAAGACAUGAAGACCAGGCUACAAGAUCACACUCGCAAUCCAUCGGGCUCUUCUGUUAAUUCAGACAACUAUAGCACAAACUUAUAAGCAUGCUCAUAGGUCAUCAAUAGUUAUUUAUUAUAUGUACUGAUUUUUUAUGCUUAGGGUAUUGAGAGUAUAUUUUUUGAAGGGAAAACAUAGGGUUAUAUUUUUUGGUUUGUAAAUUUAAUGUGAUUAAUGAAUGUGAU